AUGACGAGGCCACCAAAGUUACUGGGGCAGCCUACACCGGAGCCAGACUUGUUCGAAAAGAUUGAUGGCUAUGCUGGGGUCAGGCGGCAAUAUUCGGUCUCCGUGACGACGGGAGUCUGGAUGUCGGCAACCGGUAUUCCAUAUGUUGCCUCGAUCUUCCACCUGGGGUUUCGUGUGCGGUGCGACACUAGCAUCUCUCCUCGCCCAGAGAUACCCUGGGAUACAUGUCUAGCGAUUUGGGUCCUCGGCAUGCUCGAAGCCGGUGCCUCCCCGAUGUUGAUGGUCGCAGUGGGAUCAUUUGAUAAGAAGAACGAACAAGCUCUCCGUACGGCAGUCUGGUUUGGCCUGGCUUUGUUAUUAUCUUCUCGCCUCUCGUCGACUACGGCCGCCUGGAGUCCUGGCAAUAAUACAUGUUCCUCGCCGCGGGUGAAACAGGCCUCCAUAGCCAGCCCCUCUUCAGAACUCUCACUACCAUCUUCGCCGGAACAGCCACCCCCGUUACAGAGACAGUACUCACCGAUUCCCGGAUUCAACAACGACACGCAGUCGAAUUUUACGCAGAAUGGACACGUCAACGCCGCGUAUAUUCACCAUCAGCGCGAAUCCGGCGUCUUCCCGAAGUGGUUCAUGCCCACCCCGUACGGUUGA